AUGGAGAGUACGUGGGAUCCUGCGGGCAGCAACAACGAUGACCUCGCGGGCUUUGCGCUCGACGAACUCGAUGGUGGGCUACAAUCCCUAUAUCCAGGCCAGUUGCUGCCUCCAACUCAACCCAUACUGUACCCUGUUCUCGCACCUCCUCUUCAUCCUCUGCUGCAUGCCGAGGCUAGCGGCUCGUCGACAACGUUUAGCCCACCUCCUGGUACAUCCUCACUGUCAGCAUCUUCGCUUUCUCAAUCACCCGUCACACGAGAGCUCUCGCGAGAGCAGAUUCCGCUACUGUCAUGGCGGCGCAACACGAAGCAAUCCCUGGAAGUCCUGUGUCCGCGCUGCAAUGCGUGGAUUCGUACUGGCUCUAAGCUACGGCAGACGACGCAGCCCUUGGAAGCGCACAUGCAGGGGCGCCGAUGCAAUCCCUCGGCCAUCCUCGAAGCGCAGGCGCAUACCGAGACGCAACAUGCGCGUGAAGCCAUGCUGCCCAUUCCUGCAGGGCCAUCUCCGGUUUACCACGUACCUGGUUCGUUGUCUGACAUAGCUCCCCUGUCGGAGCAGGCGGCCAUGGUGCAGCCUAUGCCCUCCGACUCGGAGUCACCUGCGCUCCCACUGUUCAGCUUCGAUCUAUCCACGCCCGCGGAUUACACGGAUGAAUACACAACGGACUCCGAUUACGACACUCAGUCAGACGCCGAAUCACCAGCGACACCGCGAGUGGUAUGUGCGCUGCCGCAGCGUAGUUCGACUCGGACGGCGCAUGUCUCAUUGCAACCACAUCCGAGCCCUGCAGGCGGUGACGCACCUCAUUCCGCAGCAACACAGACUCCAGACCCUUGCGCGUCAGAGCCCUACGCUGUCGACCCGGCACUGCUAUCACUCUGGGAAGGCGACUUUGCGAACGUGCCGCAUUCCUGUCCUGGUAUUGCACUUAACUGGCCGCAUGAGGACUUCUUCCAAUCAUACCCCUUCCAGCGUCACGACCUCAGUAUCCCCGGGUUCCUAGGCUACCGCUUUUGUGCCGUGAACUCGGACGGAGUGUCAUUCCGUAUACGUUCUGUUCAGUGCAGCGGGUCACUCACGGUCAGUGAAGACGCAGCAUGUCCUGAGUGCCUAUCACUCACGGAUGGUGUCGAACAUCUGGGUCACAUGGCGCGAGAGGCUCGCCCGCAUACGAUCUACAAAUAUCGCUCGCACGCCCAACUCUGCGAUGUCGCGAAACACCUGAAACAGAAGCUGUCUCUGUAG